AGGCGGGCUGCGGGGGUGGGGAAGUGGUGGCUGAAGCACAGCCAGCUGGGCUCCAGUCGCUGUGAGUGUGGGAGGAGGCGGCGGCCGCAAGGGUGAGGUGCGAGGCGGAGCUCUCGGGAGCCGACUUUGGAGGAGCGGAUGUAAGUCAGAGUAUAGCAGAAAAUGUCCACUGAACGGACUUCUUGGACAAACAUGUCCACUAUUCAGAAAAUAGCCCUGGGCCUUGGGAUUCCAGCCAGUGCAACAGUUGCCUAUAUCCUAUACCGCAGGUAUAGGGAAAGCAGAGAAGAGCGGCUGACAUUUGUUGGGGAGGAUGACAUCGAGAUAGAGAUGCGGGUUCCCCAAGAGGCUGUGAAGCUCAUCAUUGGCCGGCAAGGAGCCAAUAUUAAACAGCUGCGGAAACAGACAGGUGCUCGGAUUGAUGUGGACACAGAGGAUGUAGGCGAUGAGCGAGUGCUGCUUAUCAGUGGUUUUCCUGUACAGGUGUGCAAGGCCAAGGCAGCAAUCCAUCAGAUCCUGACAGAGAAUACCCCAGUGUCUGAGCAGCUCUCAGUCCCCCAGAGAUCUGUGGGCAGAAUCAUAGGGAGAGGCGGCGAGACAAUUCGUUCUAUCUGUAAGGCCUCUGGAGCCAAAAUUACCUGUGACAAAGAAUCAGAGGGGACUUUACUGUUAUCAAGACUUAUAAAAAUCUCAGGAACACAGAAGGAAGUGGCAGCAGCCAAGCAUUUGAUACUGGAGAAAGUUUCAGAAGAUGAAGAACUUCGAAAGAGAAUUGCGCAUUCUGCAGAAACCAGAGUCCCACGCAAGCAGCCAAUCAGUGUGAGAAGAGAGGAAGUGACAGAACCCGGUGGAGCUGGAGAACCAACUUUAUGGAAAAACAACAGUUCUAGCAUGGGGCAGGCUACACCCCUGGCAGUUUCUCCUUGCAAAGGAAGUGGUGACAUGGCUAUUGUAGGACCAAAAGAUGGUUCCAAGGAGAAACCUAAUGAUGACAGCUUUCAGAAGUCUAGAGCCCAGACCAGUCCUGAGAUGUCCAUGUUUGAAAUCCCCAGUCCUGACUUCAGUUUUCAUGCUGAUGAGUACUUAGAAGUCUACGUCUCUGCUUCUGAACACCCUAACCACUUCUGGAUCCAAAUCAUUGGCUCCCGCAGCCUGCAAUUAGAUAAGCUUGUGAGCGAGAUGACCCAGCACUAUGAGAAUACUCUGCCUGAAGACUUGACUGUGCAUGUAGGAGAUAUUGUAGCAGCACCUUUAUCUACAAAUGGUUCCUGGUAUCGAGCCAGGGUCCUUGGCACCUUGGAGAAUGGGAAUUUGGACCUCUACUUUGUUGACUUUGGAGAUAAUGGAGAUUGCCCACUGAAGGAUCUCAGGGCUCUCAGAAGUGACUUCCUAAGCCUUCCAUUUCAAGCAAUAGAAUGUAGUCUGGCACGGAUUGCCCCGUCAGGUGAACAAUGGGAAGAGGAAGCUUUGGAUGAGUUUGACAGACUGACUCACUGUGCUGAUUGGAAACCCCUAGUGGCCAAAAUCUCUAGCUAUGUCCAGACUGGGAUCUCAACUUGGCCAAAGAUCUAUUUAUAUGACACAAGCAAUGGGAAGAAACUUGAUAUUGGGUUAGAAUUAGUUCGUAAAGGAUAUGCAGUUGAGCUUCCUGAAGAUGUGGAAGAAAACAGAGCUGUCCCCGACAUGUUAAAGGAUGUGGCCACAGAAACAGAUACCUCUCUUGCCAGCCUGCUCACUGAAUCCAAAAAGAGUCCUGGAGAGAUGGCACAUACCCUGUCCUGCCUUAGCUUAUCAGAAGCUGCCUCUAUGUCUGGUGAUGAUAACCUUGAAGAUGACUACCUACUCUGAAGUCUGGGCUUCCAUUGGCUCAGCCAUCUGCUUUGCUGUGAUUUUGCACAGGAUUUGGUGCCUGGAGAGAGAAGUCUAUGAUAAAGAUAUCCAUGCAGUCCUUUAUUACACACACAAUCUGGCUUGCUGUGGACCAAAUCCAUUUUCUCCUUCCAUUGAAUUACUGGAAGAAUGCAGAGCAGUGGGAGACAAGUACAUCACCCCAUCUCACCACCUUCUCCAUCCUUCCCCUGUCUUUCAGUGUUUGGAUGCUGUGUCCUCUGCCAGUCAUAAUGCACAUCACUGCUAGACUGUGUCCUUUUUCUGGCUGGGAAACAGCCAGAGUUUGGUCAUUGGAAAUGAUGAUUCUGCAGACCUGUGACUCACCUCAUCAGGUGACUCUGGUUAAGGGAAGUGUUUGAACAGGGAACUCAAAGACUGUAGUUGAAAUCAGGAGGCAAAGGCAAAAAUCAACAUAAAUGUAUUAAAAAUCUUUAGGAGGUGGGAAGAGAAUACCACCUGUCAGAGUCAAUUGCUAAUGUGUUGUUGGAGACUGGUUUUGGGAACAAUGCUCCAGCUAUUUCUUUGUGAACUUCAGUUAAAAUACAAGUAGAAAAGGAGAAAUGUGACUCAGGAAAUAUUCUACAAUUGCUAGUAUAGUACUUAUAUGUGCACAUACACACCUUGAGAAAGAACACACAUGUAUAGUUCUGUUUAAAUCAUUUGGGGGUUUCUUUGCUUAAUAAAGUUCUCAAGAAAAUUA